GUGCUGGGGUGGGGGAGGGCCGGCCCCGCGCAGCGCCGCCAUUUUGACGUCUGAGGAACAAAAGAGGCGAAGCCGCCGCCGGCGCCGGCCUGACACCAGACUUUUGAAUCGGAAUAAACACCUUCAGGUCUCGGAGGCUUCUGGCUCUGAACUGCCUUCGCUACUGUCGCCUUCUUCUGUCUAAUGUGCUACAAGGAUGAGCCCAGCAUUUGGAGCUAUGGAAGUGGAGCACUAUUCCAAGGGAGUCCUGCUCGAGCCUUUUGUCCACCAGGUCGGAGGGCACUCCUGUGUCCUCCGGUUUAAUGACAAGACCAUCUGUAAACCCCUUAUUCAGAGGGAACACCAGUUCUAUGAGACUCUCCCAACAGAAAUGCGUAAAUUCACUCCGCAGUAUGAGGGUGUGGUGUCAGUGAGCUUUGAAGAGGAUGAAGAUGGAAACUUAUGUCUAAUAGCGUAUCCAUUAAAUGGGGACCAUGAUAACUUAGAAAACUUAGAUAAUUCUGACUGUGAACCCAAAAGUAAGCUGUUGCGAUGGACUAACAAAAAGACAAUGUUGUUAGAAAAUGAGAAGAUAUCUAAGGAAUGGGUCCGACAGCACAGAAAAGAGGAAAAAAUGAAAAGUCACAAAUUGGAGGAAGAAUUUGAGUGGCUGAAGAAAUCUGAAGUCUUGUAUUAUUCCGUAGAGAAAAAAGGAAAUGUCAGUUCACAGUUUAAACACCAUAAUCCUUGGAGCAUGAAAUGUCACCAGCAGCAGUUACAGCGGAUGAAGGAAAAUGCAAAACACCGAAAUCAAUAUAAAUUCAUUUUGCUGGAAAACCUGACAUCUCGAUAUGAAGUACCAUGUGUGUUGGACCUUAAGAUGGGAACCCGACAGCAUGGAGAUGAUGCGUCAGAAGAGAAGAAGGCAAAUCAGAUUCGCAAGUGUCAGCAGAGUACAUCGGCUGUAAUUGGAGUCCGAGUUUGUGGCAUGCAGGUCUACCAGGCAGGCACUGGCCAGCUAAUGUUCAUGAAUAAGUACCAUGGAAGAAAACUCUCGGUCCAAGGAUUUAAAGAAGCACUUUACCAGUUCUUUCAUAACGGCAAAUACCUGCGCAGGGAACUCUUUGAACCUGUUAUUAAAAAACUGACUGAACUCAAGUCUGUCCUGGAGAAACAGGAGUCUUACCGCUUCUAUUCGAGCUCCUUGCUGAUCAUUUAUGAUGGGAAGGAAAGGCAGGAAGUUGCUGUCGACUCAGACCCAGAGGACUUAGAAGACCUUUCAGAGGAAUCUUCAGAUGAGUCAGCAGGAGCAUAUGCCUACAAACCAACUGCUAGUACUGUUGAUGUCCGUAUGAUAGACUUUGCCCACACAACCUGCAAGUACUAUGGGGAAGAUAGUGUGGUGCAUGAGGGCCAAGACACGGGUUAUGUUUUUGGACUUCAGAAUUUAAUAGAUAUUAUUAAAGAAAUAAGAGACGAAAGUGGUGAAUAAACAGUGUGAAUGCACAUCAGUAGAAAGCACUAUUGUGACUCUUUGUAUUCCAAAAUUAUUGGCCACUUUCUGGUGGUAGGAAUCUUUACAGGCUCUGCAGGGAUGGCCCCGUCAGAGUCAGACUUGUUCAGAGGGCAUUUACUUACAUUGGUGCUGGACCUAGCACUGGCAGAACUCGGUAUCCUUAUUUAUUUUAACUUUCUUAAACAUUCCAUAUUUGAUUACUCAGAUACCUCUGUUAUCCCUGUGUGUAUACGUUCCAAUAAAAUUCUUUUUGUUCAUUGUAA